AUUACAUCGGUGCUUUUCCACCCAGACUUAAGCUGGGCGCAUGCAGGUCCGGGACACUUCCCAGCCGGACACACGCAGGCAGCGGUCAUGCCCGCUCACGGAGCCGCGCUCUGCCAGUACCAGUACUAGUACCAGUACUAGUCAGUGAUCAUGGGGACCGAGGAGGACACCAUGCUGCGGAUCGCCGCCACCGCUACACAGACCCAGCCCCGGGACCUGAGCCGGGACCUGGAGCCGGCCGCGGCCGCGCACGAGUGCCGGCCGGCGGGGCUCGGGGACCCGCAGCUGCUGCUGGCCCUGGGGGGCCACAGGCUGCAGCCCGGGACCCUGGCCCGGCUGGUGGACCACUUAUCGGACAGUGUACGGGUGCAGAGCCGGGGGGACCGGGGGGAGCAGGACCGGGGGUCCCGGGACCCGGAGCUCUCCUGCGGGCUGUGCCUCAGCUUCCUGUUCGAGCCCGUCACGCUGCCCUGCGGACACUGCUACUGCAAGCGCUGCCUGGAGCGGGAGAGACGGGAGAAGGGGCGGCCGGCGGGCUGCCGGCGCUGCCCCCGCGGGGUAGAGGAGGAGGACGCUGGUUCCCCCCUGCCCUACCGGGUCACCGUGGUGCUGGGCCAGCUGCUGGCCCGGCUGGCCCCCGCCCUGCAGCUGGCCGGCCGGCUGCGACGGGAGGGCAACGGGCUGUACGCGGAGAGGAGGAUGGCGGCGGCGCUGGACACGUACGACCGCGCCGUGCUCAUAGCCCCCACAGACCACAUACUGUUCAGUAACCGCUCCCAGAUCCACUCCACGCUGAAGCACCAUGAGAAGGCGCUGAGGGACGCUGAGGUGGCCUGCAGGCUGAUGCCCCGGUGGUCCCGGGGUCACGCCCGGAAAGCCCAGGCCCUGACGUCGCUGGGCAGGACGGAGGAGGCUCUGAGAGAGUACCUGGUCUGUCUGUCCAUAGAGCCCGACUGCCGAUCGGCCAAGUCGGACGCCCUAAAGCUUCUCAGUGAUUUCCUGGCCCCGCUCUCGGAUCAGGUCCCUGAACGCAUCUCAGACUUCGCCAACAUGCUGUCUUCCAGAGCACACGUCAAAACCGGCAUGGGUGCUUCCUUCCAGACCCUCAGUCCCAGCUCGCUGCCUUCAGCGUCCAGUCUGUCCCUCAGCGUUCCUGCACCUGAGACGCCAGUAGAUAGUCCCGAACAACCUGAGAGCAGGAGGAUCGAGCCCUGUCUCCCCAUCAAACGGAAGCGAAGGAACACUGAGGAGGACGAGGAGCACCAGGGGAAGAAAUGGAGACCCAGUGAGCUUCCAGCGGAGCACAGACACGCUCUCCCCACCAGCAGGACUGGGUGUUCCCCGCCUGAUCCCGUCUGUCCAGAGCCGGCGGAGGCGCCGGGCUCGCUGGGCUCGGUGGUCGGAGACCUCUUGGACCCGCUGGAUCUGGAGUGUUCUCUCUGUAUGAGACUGUUCUACGAGCCGGUGACGACGCCCUGCGGUCACACCUUCUGUCUGCGCUGUCUGGAGAGAUGUCUGGACCACAACCCCAAGUGUCCCCUCUGCAAGGAAGAGCUGUCUGAGUACCUGGUCCAGAGGCAGUACUGCAAGACGGUGCUGGUGGAGAACCUGAUAUCCAAGUAUCUUCCCGCCGAGUUCAGGGAACGGCAGAAAAUCCACCAGGAGGAGAUGGCGGAAUUUUCCAAUCUUAACAAGAAUGUGCCUAUAUUCGUGUGCACCAUGGCCUUCCCCACCGUGCCGUGCCCCCUCCACAUCUUCGAGCCCUGCUACAGGCUGAUGAUCCGCCGCUGCAUGGAGACGGGAACCAACUGCUUCGGCAUGUGUCUGGGAAACGACCUGAACGGGUACGCCGACUACGGAUGCCUGUUGGAUAUCCGCGACGUCAAGUUCUUCUCUGACGGCCGGUCCGUGGUGGACACCAUCGGCAGACGCAGGUUCAAGGUCAUCCGGCACAGCGAGAGGGAUGGAUACAACACGGCGGACAUCGAGUACCUGGAGGAUGUUACGGUGGAGGGGGAGGCGGAGCGCGAGCUGCAGUCGCUGCACGACGCCGUGUACAACCAGGCCCUGGUCUGGGUGAACUCUCUGAAGGCCGAGCAGAAGGAACGUAUCGAAGGACACUUUGGACCCAUGCCGGAGAAAGACCCAGAACUUCAGGCCAGUCCCAACGGGCCGUCCUGGUGCUGGUGGCUGAUAGCCGUUCUUCCUCUGGAGGGCCGAGCCCAGCUGCAGUUCCUCGCCAUCAACUCUCUGAAAGAUCGCCUCAGCGGCAUCCGCAAAGUGCUGCUCUUCAUGGCCCAGAGCAAGCACCGGUGAUGGGCAGAAGGAAACCCAAGGCCCAGCCCAGCCCGCUCUUCCCUGGGAUCCACAAAGAAGCCCCGUCGUUGCAGCUUCAAAGGCGUAGCGUGGAUUUCCUCUACAAACCAACAUCAAACCUAAAAAGGCAACGACAAUGUGUUAAGCUCUUCCACGCGUCGUCUUCUCAACGCAGAAAAGCACAAAGGACGGAGGACGUGCGAGCCUAAGCUGCGUUCAAACAGGACUUGAAUGGGAUUUCUUAACCUCAAUGUCAUUAUGUUUUACAGACGUGUCAGGAAAUGGGUUGAGUCUCAUCACUGUAGCUAACUCUGUUUGUUUAACUGAUCCCUGAGCACUGCGAAGACAAGUCUGUCCCGCCGGCCCUGCGUUUACAAGCAGUACUUUGUAGUUUGGUUGGAGUAUUUUCAUCACUUCACAUCUCCAAAAGCUGAAAUUUCCUGUUUGAACAUAGCUUUAAAAGCAAAGAUGACACCGAUUCUCCCAUUUUUAGAAACGUAGACAACUAUCUAGUGUAAAUCUACAGUCACUUCCGCCAGUAACUGCUGCAAAUGUACAGAAAAAGCUCUUCCAGAGACCAAACUAUCAAUCACUUUUAUGAUCAUGCACUCAAGACAGAUGAGGGGUUUGUGUUUUAUAGGCAUUAAACACGAUUACUUUCUAAUGAACUCAACCUCUGAACGGAGUUGGAAUCACGGAUAGAUCUGAGUCCGGCCUGUCCGCACUUGUGCUGCGUCCGUGUUGACAGCUUCCCCGUCUUCCAGCGUCUCGUCUUCCUGCAGUGCUUCCUGUGUUCGCUCCGUUUCUGCCUCUUUCACAACGAAUGGACAACAGUGGACUGAAAUUGUGUACGUUGUGAUGUUUCUCUUGGACUAUCGAUCGUGUUUGGAGCGUCCUUUUCUGUGUUUUGGAUUUGUUUUUCAUUAUUUAUUUUAUUAUUUAUGCAUUCAGUGAUAUUGUUUACAUUUCACUAUGAGAGGGAUGCGGAGGUACUCACUUUCCAAAGGCUUUUUUUUGUUAAACAUCGGACUCCAGCAAUCACCCAAGUCAUCCGUGCGACGCUGUUCCAGCCACCGCCGGACCCUCGUGUCCAGAUUUCCUCCCUCCAGCUUUUAUCCACGUCCCAAACCCGUGACUGUGGACGUACCUCCAUUCCCUCGCUGUCCGGAGCCCCGCAGAGAGAGAAACAGUGCAAUCAUUCCCACCAACAUUUGGAUUGCUUCUAUUUAUGCAGUAUUUAUUCUUUUAUUCUGACUUUCUUUGCACUUCCAUUUCAACUAAGGGAAACAUUCGAUGACGGCAGGCCUCUGUUUUUGUUGGUCCGAGUACUAAAUCCCUCCCGGGUGGUUGGACUCUCCACCUGCAGCACCUGCUACAGAGCGUACGGGCCAGUGCCUUCCACACACAGACGAUCGUAUUCGCUCUGGUCACAAACCAGCGCGUUUUUUUUUUUACAUUUACAAGUCCUUUUCUUUCUUUUUUUUUUAAAGAAAAGGGGUUUAUUGAAAACAACGGCACAGGAUCAAUCGAACUAAAAUCGGAGGAAACUUCCAGACAUAUUUUUAAAGAUGAAUAUGUUUAAAAAAAACAAGAAAACCACCCAACCUCGAGGCCUUGCUGAUGUCUGUGACAUGAUUGUUUUUAUGUGGCAAAAGCGGAUCUCUGAGUUUGCUUUGCUUUUGAAAUAUUUUAUUUUGUGUUUAAUUUUUACGUGUUUCUUUCUUAGUAAUGUUUGUAUUUUACAACUGGUUUGUCCUAGAACAGGAAGUGUUAUUGCGAAUCACCCACGUGGGAUUAUUUUGUAAAGGGCCAAAGCUAUGUCAUCCUGAUAAAAUGUGGGUGUGGUGUUCACACACAGUUUAACCUGUUCAACACAAUCUGAUGGUCGAAACGACACAAACUGCAGUUCUUUUAUCAUGCACUAUGAUCAUGGAUUUGUACUUUAUCGUGGGUUAAAUCCCACACGGAGGCAUUUGUGUGUGAGACAACUGUAAUCCUGAUCAUUGUUAAAUGAGAACUGCUAAAUAGUUCAUAUUAUAGUUCAAAAUGUACGAGAAAAAGGGAAUAAAAGUUAAAUCCAGCUGCACAUCCCGUCUAAAACAUAUCACUGAAACAUAUCAGACAGGUGGUUAGGUGAGUUUCCUGAUCGAUGUGAAUGGGUUAAAGGGAAUUUUUGAAGUGGAUAAAGUUGAGUAAAUGUACACAGACAAAAGGAGGAAUGUUGCUUAAUUAUAAUAAUAAUGAUGAUAAAACGGAGUGUCUGUUUUGAGUUGGACAUCUUUCAUACUCGUAAUGGCAGCAGAAGCAUGUGACGAGGCGACUGUUCAUUUAUUUACAUAACUGUUACCAAGACGACGCUUUAGUGUCUCAAAUACUCCAGUUAUCUCUCUCCUUCGUCACUAAAAUGUCAACUGAUAAAAGCUGGAUCCAAGUUUGAUUCUCUUCAUCAUUUAUAACAGACAAUAUUGUAUUUUUCUCCAAUUCAAACUAUGAAGAUGUUCUCUAAAAGCAUCUAAUAGGGACUAAUAUUGACUUGCCAUUGUCAUUAUUUAUGCGACCCACAGUGUUUAAGAUAUAAAGAUAUAGCUACCACUGAGGGCCUUUUCAGGUUUUUUAUUUUCAGUAAUAACUGAAGAGCAUGAAAGGUAAUAAUUUAUGGAAGCUUACUGUUUAAUGUUUCUCUCCAUACUUGAUCUAGUCUCCACACGCUGGUUUCAGCUUCUUGUUUUGUGCAGAUUUUAGCCACCGACACGUCUCGGGAAACUAAAGUAGCCUAUUUUCCAAAAGUGCUUUUCUCAGGCCGACUGUACGGCACGCAGAACAACUCUGGAGUAAAAGUUAGGUCCCCAACUAUGAAGUUAUGUACCUAACUUAAUAGUUGGGAAGGUAACUGCUGCCACCGUAACUCAGAGGUGGAAGAGCACCGGGGAGUGACUAGAUCUGUCACCUACGAGCAGCUUCAGUCUCUCCAGACGGCUGACAGUUAACAGCAGCUCCAAAUCUUUCUGUUCGUGCUGGAGAAAAAUAACAGAAAUAUGACAGCUUUUUUUUUUUAAUUUAUUUAUUUUUUCAUUGCAAUUCCUUAGAUUGGGUUGUGACGGAGAUGAAUUCAGAAGAAGUUGUCCAAGCAACCACACGGGUUAUAAGCUAAGAUGCAGCUGACUUGGAAAUAAGACAAUUGCCUCCUCGUCAAGGACUGAAUCCUUAAGCAUUUUUUUUUGACGGGUUCAAGAGUGUCGAUUUGAUAUUUUGUAGCAAACUCGUCUCAUAACUGUGAACAUGCUGAUACACUGGUAAAAACAUUUCUGACUGUUUCCUGGUGCUGAGUCACAGAAGCAGAGUGCACAGAGCCUUGAGCGUAGACGUGCAGUUAUCUGGCUACGCACUAAUGAUAAGAUAUCGUCUAUUACCCAUUAAAAUACUGAUCUGACAGAAGUCACUCCUCCUUUGAAGAAGCGUAAUUACCUCUUAAAUACUUCUGGAGCACUUGUGGAGCAGCAGAAAGUUCAGUGAUGCUAUCUGAUCUAAUUUUAUUCAGUUCCUGUUGUUUAAUCUUUGUACAUAAAGUGGGAUUUGAGAUUGUAAACAAAUAUUUUGUAUCAUAUUUCCAUCAUCAUAAUGUCGCCUCAAUCAUUAAGAUAAAAAUAAUAGUAAUGGUUUAGGUUUGUGGGAUUGUUUUUUGAAAAAUUAUGCAAAACAUUGGCACUUAAAAAAAUCAGUUUUCAGGUAAAUGGAGCAACUUCAUGGAUGUAAGGUCAUUUCUUGGUCUCUAGUUUUUCAUGAAAACCUUCCUUGUAACAUCUUGGGAAGUUUCAUGUAAAACUCAGUCACCAGUUGCUCCUGACGUGUUUAAAAUAUCCCAAUAUCUGCAGUAGCCUCAGUUACUACAUGCUCACAGAAGGUGAAUGUGUUUGACAUCUUGAUGUUUUCUGUUUACGUCUGUUUUUGACGGUAAAACCUGAGUAUGCAAUUGUUUGCAAGGUUGGGUACGUUGUGAAUAAACCUGAAGGUUUUGGUUCCCGGUCCUUUUGAGGACCAGGAACAAAC